AUGUCUAAGUGCUUUUUCUGUAACAGCACCGCGGAAAAGCAAAAACUAUGGAAUGUAGUAAAAAAGCAUGAGAGGGAAAUCAAUAACUUCAAAAAGGCGGUGAAGGAUAAAAGUAGAGAAAUUGAAAACCUACAAAAGGAUUUACAAAGAAAAGAAGCCGAAGUUAUCAAUCUAAAGGAAAGGGUACAAGGACAGGCGCGAGAACUACGAUCACUGGGAACGGACUAUGAAAAGAUCAAAGCAGACUAUCAAAAAAACGAGAACGAGAUCAGGAAACUUCAGCAAACGGAAUCAGCAAUGAGAAGACAAGGAGACGUCCUAAUGGACGAACAAGCCAAAACUCUGAUCCUUGACAUUUUACGAACAAAGAUAAAAGCUAUUUGUCGUAUUUACCUAAAAGAUAUACGGUGGAAAAAUAUCCUUGCGGCGGUCGGUGAGCAGCGACUGAAAGAAGCUCUCGGUUUAGCCUUUUCUCCAUCUUGGCAUCCUGACUCUUGGCCACUAAUUCGAGACCAUCCCAAUAUAUCGACACAGACGUUAGUAAUGGCAUUAUUAUCCUGCACCAUUUCGAAAUCAUAUUUCCAGAAUCCCUUUUUUCGCUGCGGUGAAGCAAGAGAUGCAUUAAGCAAGAUUUACGAUUGGGCCAUGCUCAAGCUUCCAGAACCCGCAAUCGUUUGGCGAGCGAAAACAACAACUUUAUUGAAGGAUGUUUCUUAUGACAAUGGCACUACCACCGCUACUUCAGAUAUCGUCAUUAAGAGGAUAUUCAACACCAUUAACAACUUAAUACAGACCGAAAAUCCCCUCGAAGAUGAUGGAAUGAGUGAUCUUUAUACCAAGAUAGCUGAUUUAGUUCGAUCGUCUAUCAAUCUUGCCACCGAUUGGCACUCUCGCGAAUUUCAUUUCGAGGUCAUAAGUUUUGAGUGGCUUUGUUACAUGAAAUACGAUGUCUAUUCGGAAGAAACUUCUAAGUUCGUCACACCCUUUCCUGCGAGUCGGAAGCUCGAAAGCGGGAAGCUUUACGGCAUCUUAUCUGUGAUAUCUCCUGGCUUUCUUCGCUAUCUAAAGGGUGAGGGGGACAAGGAGUUUAAGGAGAUUGUUUGGGAGAAAGCUUCAGUCCUUCUGACGGAAAAUCCACUGUAA